UCCCGGUCUCGGUCCCGAAGGCGCCACCAGAGGAAGUACAGGCGCUACUCGGGGUCUUACUCGCGGAGCCGGUCGCGGACCCCCAGCCGCCGCCGGUACCGGGAGAGGCACUACGGCUCUUCCAGGAGGCACUACCGGUCUCCCUCGCCAGGCCGGUCCCGCAGCCGGUCCGGCUCUCGGGGACGGUCGUAUUAUCGAAGGGCCUACGCGAUCACGCGGGGUAGACGCUACUAUGGCUUUGGUCGCACGCUGUACCCGGAGGAGCACAGGAGUUGGCGGGGAAGAUCCAGGACCAGGUCGCGGAGUCCAACUCCCUUUCGCUUAAGUGAAAAAGAUCGAAUGGAGCUGUUAGAAAUAGCAAAAGCCAAUGCAGCAAAAGCCUUAGGAACAACCAACUUUGAAUUGCCCCCUAGUCUCAGAAUUGUUCCUGUAUCUAAAGAAACAGAUUGUGAAACAGCUGUACCAAAUAAUGGUGCAAAGUUUGGGCUGUCAGAAAAGCUAACAGAAGAUGGAACUAAGAAUGCCAGUGAAAAGUCUUCCCAGCAAAAAAGCAUUAGCUCUAAUAAUUCUGUAGCAAAGUCAGUGCUUCAGAAAUUGACUAAAACUGCUGAAGAGACCUCUUCAGGAUCUCCAAAAAUAAACCAGAAAAAAAGUCCAUAUGAAUUGUGGAAACCUGUUUAAAGAAAAGUGAUGGCCAAGGUUGCCUGAAAUGCACUUUAUUGCAAGUUUGUGUUUUCUAUAGCAUUCAUUCC